AUGAUAAAAGUAAACUUUGAUGCUUCAUUCAUAAACAGCAGUACAUGCUCUGGAUGGGCUCUAAUGGCUAGGGAUUUUGCAGGAAACUGCGAUGGACUGCGAGGAGGUGCAGAUAGUGCAAUAGACCCGGAGCAGGCUGAGGCAAAAGCUUUGUUGAAUGCAGUUUUAUGGGCAAAGCAGAAAGGUUGGACAAGAGUACACUUGGAAGGAGACUGCCUGAAUGUGAUCAAUGCAGUUAAUGGAUCACACACAGCAGUGAAAUUGACAACUCAAAAUUUAAUAAAUGAUGCAAUAGAUAUUCUAAAUUCUUUUCCAGUUUGGUUAUGCACACAUGUGCAUAGGGAUGCAAACCACGUAGCUGACAGUAUAGCUAAAUUUGCAAGAUCCCAAAAUAGUUGCUUUCAAUAUUUCCUUAAUAUUCCUGAAUGGAUUCAAACAUUAAUCCAGCAGGAUAAAACUCUUAUGUGA